AUGGGGAGGGCGAUCCUCCCGUCCCUGCUCCUGCUGGGGUGCCUGGCCUGCCUCGUACCCGGCACGCGGUCCAGCAUCAUGGCCGUGGACCUGGGGUCGGAGUUCAUGAAGGUGGCCCUGGUGCAGCCCGGCCGCACCCCCAUCAGCAUCGUGAUCAACGAGAUCAGCAAGCGCAAGACCCCCGCACUGGUGGGAUUCGUGGGCCGGGACAGGCUGGUGGGCGAGGAGGCGGCGGGGCUGGCCACGCGCCACCCCACCGCCUUUGUCGCCAACCUGCCGGCCCUGUUGGGCCGCUCCCCCGACGACCUGGCGCUGGCCGCGCUGGCGGCCCAGGGCCUCCCCCUCCCCCGCCUGGUCCCUGCCGCCAACCGCACCGGCGCCCUGGCCCUGGACUUUGGCGAGGCGGGGCAGGUCACGCCCGAGGAGCUGGCCGCUUCGCUGCUGCAGUAUGCGGCCGGCAUCGCGCGCGCGGCCUCCGCCACGGGCACCGCGCCGCGCGACCUGGUGCUCCUUGCCCCCGCUCACUACGGCCCGCGUCGGCGCCAGGCCCUGCUGGACGCCGCGGCAGCGGCCGGUCUCAACGUCCUGGGCCUGGUCAGCCCCGCCGCGGCCGCCGCGCUGCAGUACGGCAUCGACCGCACCGCCACCUUCGCCUCGGGCGGGCCGCAGCACGUCCUGCUCUAUGACCUAGGGUCUGGGGGGCUGGAGGUGGCUCUGGUCAGGUUCUCCACCUACCCUGACCGCAAGGUGUCUGGGUUCAGGGGCGCCCCCGCCAGCCAGGUGGAGAUCAUGGACGUGGCCUGGGACGAGGGCGCCGGCACCCAGCUGCUGGAGUCCCUCCUGCUGCGCCACUUCAUGGCGCAGGCGGGCGAGGCGCUGGGCGAGGCGGGCGCCGACCUCGCCGCCUCGCCCCGAGCCGUUGCCAAGCUGCGCGCCGGGGUCAAGCGCGCGCUGCGCGUGCUGAGCGCCAACCUGGAGGCCCCGCUGUCCGUGGAGGAGCUGCACGCCGGCCGCGACUUCAGGUCCUCGAUCUCCCGCGAGGCCCUGGAACGGCUGGCGGGCGACUACUGGGCUCGCGUCACGCGCCCAGCGCUGGACCUGCUGGCCCGCAACGGUGUGGCGGCCGCCGACCUGGCGGCUGUGGAGCUGCUGGGUGGCGGCUCCCGCAUCCCCAGGGUCAAGGCCGAGCUGUCCCAGGCCCUGGGCGGGCGCGCGCUGGACGUGCACCUGGAUGCCGACGAGGCGGUGGUCCUGGGGGCGGGGCUGGUGGCCGCCAACCGUAGCACCCAGUUCCGCGUGCGGCCCUUUGGCCUGGUGGACAAGGUGCCGUACGGCGUGAGCUACGCGCUCGAUGACGACACAGAGGUCAAGCCCCUGGUGCCGGCGAUGAAGCGGGUGCCCAGCCGCCGCGCCGUCAACCUCCUGGCCCAGGCAGCCGAGGGGCGGGACGCGGUGGGGCUGCGCCUCUUUCUUUCCGGCCCUGCGUCCGAGGGGCAGGCCCGGGAGUUGGGCGCCUGGCGCGUGGAGGGCCUUCGCGCCGCGCUGGCGGCGCACGACAACGUGACGCGCGUGGCCUUCCACGCCCGCGUCGACGACGGCGGCUGCUUCCAUGUGGACGGCGCCGACUUCACCGUCUCCCGCCUCGAGUACGUGGAGGCGAAGGGCACCCUGGCUGGGGCGCCGGGGACGAACGCCACCAAUGGUAGCGCAGCGAGCGACGUCACCGGAGGCGGGGGCGCAGAGGCCGCUGUCCUUUCGGGCGGCGACACGAGCGGCACGCUCGCGGGUGCACCAGACUCCAACGCCACGACCGCCGGCGAGGGGGUCAUCGAUGCCACGAGCGCAGGAACCUCGAGCGCAAACGGCACCCUCACACGAGUGCCGCGGGUGCGCACCUCGCGCCUCUCACUGAACGUGACGGGCGGGCUGGCCCACCCCGGCUUGACCCUGGAGCAGCUGGCGGGGUCGCGUGCGGUGCUGGCCCGUCUCGCCGCCCGCGACACGGCCAAGCGCGCCGCCGCGCAGGCGAAGAACGACCUGGAGGCCUACGUGCUGGAGGCUGCGAGCUGGUCUGCGGAAGACGAGGACGUCAAGGCGGUUGCGAGAGCCGGAGAGCUGGCGACCCUGGGCCAAGCACUGGAGGAGGCGGAGGACUGGCUGUAUGGCGAGGGCGAUGCUGCUGGCUCUGAGGAGUACGUCGCCAAGCUAGAAGCCCUGAAGGCGCUGGGUGACGGGCUGAGGACGCGAGGCAGGGAGCGCUCCGCCAGGCCUCAGGCUGUGGCAGAGGCCAGGAAUAUGCUGGAGGUGCUGAGCCCCAUCGUGGAGGGGUGGGCAGCCGCCAAGCCAUGGCUGCCAGAGUACGAAGUGGGCUUGGCCAAAGAAAAGCUUGCGGAGCUGCAGAAGUGGCUGACCCAGGUGGAGGCCGUCCAGGCCAAGAAGAAGGCGACAGACGAGCCGGCUUUCACCUCGGCGGAGGUCAAUCUGCGACUCAAGGUCGCGGCAGAGUCGGUCAGCAUGCUAGAUAGGCGGCCGGCGCCGCCCACGCCAAAGCCGACGACGGAUGCCACUGCCGAUGGGGCGAAGAAAAAGGCAGCAAAGAAGGGAACGGGGACGAACGGCAAAGCGAAGCCAUCUCAGGGCCCUGGGGAGCCGGAGGCGGAGGUGCAAGCGCCGGAGGAGCCAGCAGAGGGCAUGGAAACCGUGAAAACCGAACUGUGA